UGGAUAACGUUUCUUUUCAUCCAGCCCAGGCUCUUUGGCGUGGGACAAGAAGGCGAGUUCUAUGAAUUCGAACCCAUUUUUUGGUAACAGUAAAAUCCAUAUUUAGGUAUUCAGGUCGGCUGGUUGCUUUGGAUGCUUCAUAAAACAUGGCACUAAAAAGAAUAACAAAGGAAUUGCAAGAUCUUGGUAGAGACCCACCUGCACAAUGCUCAGCUGGACCAAUUGAUGAAAAAGAUAUGUUUAAAUGGCAAGCUACUAUAAUGGGACCACAAGACAGUCCAUAUCAAGGUGGCGUGUUUUUUUUAACGAUUCAAUUUCCUCCAGAUUAUCCAUUUAAACCACCAAAAGUAACAUUCGUCACGAGAAUAUAUCAUCCUAAUAUUAAUAGUAAUGGAAGUAUAUGCCUCGAUAUCCUCAGGAGUCAGUGGAGUCCGGCAUUAACAAUAUCAAAAGUUUUACUAUCAAUAUGUUCACUGCUGUGUGACCCGAAUCCAGAAGAUCCAUUGGUGCCAGAAAUAGCCCGAAUUUACAAGAGCGAUCGUCCGAAGUAUAACGACUUAGCUAAAGAAUGGACAAAGAAAUAUGCUAUGUAAAUUCGUUUUUGUAAAAAUUUUUGUUAUGUAGCACCGCAAUUUUUCGUCGCAGUUGUUGCCAUUCAAACUGCUUUUUUAAAGUAAGUUAUGUGUCCACUUUUAGUGACUGUCCUAGAGAGUAGUGAUCUUUCCAAACCGCGCUUCUUUGAAUAUAAUGUAAAAGUGUCAAUUUUUUAGAUCAAAACAUUUUUAAAAUUGUAGAGAUACUACUGUUUCUAUUUAUAAUGAUUAGAAAAAAAAUAGAUGAUUUAUUAGUUAAUUAAGGAGUACAAUGUGAAAGCCUUUCAAAAGGGUCUGUUUCUUCGCACUCAUCUAAUGGGUUCAUCUUCUGUCUUUUUCCCCUUUUUUAACAAUGGAAAAUAUCUGACAAAAAUGUAAUUGUUCAGUUUUUAUUUUGGGCAUAUAUUAUUAAUUUGCCGUUUCAACAUGCAAACUGGAUUUUGUUGAGAGAAAAAAAUUAUUGUAAAGUUCAA